AUGGAGCUAUUCGCCGGAUUUAACGCUGAAGAACUGGCAAUGAUGCAUGAGUUGCUGCGGCUCUUGGUUGAAGACGACGACGCGCUGACUCAGCAGCCGAUACCGGGCACACUUCACGCCCGUCAAGACAGCCAGAGUAUGUUUCAAGGACUGGCUGGAGCAUCCCCGAAACUAGGAGGAGGGACGACUUUUGACAGUGGCUACUACUUGUGGAACAUGGGCGGUCCCAGCAGCAUGGCGUGGAAUGCACCGCCGGCAAUGCUCGUCCCUGCACCGCAGCUCACUACGAAAGCGACUCGCACUCGGACAAGGAGCACCGCGUUGGCUAGUGAUGAGGAACCGAUGCUCAAACGUGGCCGCUUGGAUGUUACGCCGACGAUGAUGCCGCCGAUGAACCGCAUUGCUGUCCCCGAUGGAUACUCCUACUAUUAG